AUGAAGUCAAUUGUGAUGGCGAUGAGCACUGCAGCAACUUUCUUUGAUAUCGUCUCAGCCGCGACCUGCUUCUCACAAUCGACAGCUUGCUGCUUGAAACUGACCAAGGCCCCAGGAUUAGCUGGCAAGAUUUACUUCCCCAACUCAACCGAGUAUGCAGAACGAAUGGACUCAUACUGGUCCAUCACCGCCGCCCUGGACCCUUGGUGUGUCGCACAGCCAUCAAUCGCCGAGGAUGUCUCGACCAUCAUCACCACCCUUGCUGCUUCCAACUGCACAUUUGGCGUUCGGGGCGGUGGUCACGGCUCCUUUGCUGGAUCGAAUAGUGUCAAUGACGGUGUGACCAUCGAUUUUGGCAACUUUAACAGCACCACUUAUAAUCCCGACACAAAGAUCGCUUCCAUCGGGCCUGGCGGUCACUGGCAGACUGUCUACGAUACUCUAGCCCCUUACGGCGUCGUCGUCACAGGUGGUCGUGCUGGUACCGUCGGUACCGCAGGUUUUAUACUAGGCGGCGGCAACUCCUUCCACUCGGCAUCUCACGGUUUCGCCUGCGACCAAGUCGCCAACUUUGAGGUCGUCCUUGCCAACGGAUCUAUCGUCAAUGCCAAUGCCACUUCCAACCCCGAUCUGUGGCAAGGUCUCAAGGGAACUGGCGCCAACCUCGGUCUAGUGACUCGUUUCGACAUGUACGCUAUUGACUUCCCUGACCCAUCAAAGCCUGAUAUCUGGGGAGGCAAUCUCAUCUACGACCUGGAAUCCGGACCGAAAGUCAUCGACGCUCUCGUUGACUUUACGGAAAACGUUUACAAGGAUGAGAACAGCUCUUCCAUCGUCUACUGGGCUUACCUCCCCCAGCUUGGCGGUAUGAUUCUCAACGCCGCCAUCGAAAACACCUUGGCCAAUGUUGCCCCUCCUGCUUUCGACGCGUACUACGCAGCUGGCAACAUCACCCAGGACACUACCAAGGUUGACUUGAUCUCCGUCGUUGCAAAUGAACUCGGCUCCGGUCAGCCUGCUGGCUUCCGUAAUGCCUGGUUCACGCUCGCAUUCGACAAUGACGCCCGGAUCAUGAACUACGCCGUGGAAAAGUUCUACACCCUGAACGCGGAUCUGGAGAAGGCCGUCGGUGCUGACUCGGGCUUCAAUACUCUCUGCAUGUUCCAGCCCAUCACCAAGUCCAUUGUUGCCAAGGGCAUCGCCAUGGGUGGCAACAGUAUGGGCCUGGACCACUACAUCACAAGAGGCAACGGCAUCAUGUUCCUCAUCACCUUUGCUGUGAACGGAGCUGAGAAUGAGACCAUUUCUUUCCCAUACAUUCAGGCAUACACUGAGGAUGUUGAUGCUUUUGCUGCCUCUCUGGACCUGAACUGGGGUUGGAUAUACCUCAACUACGCUCACAAGGUGCAGGAUGCCAUCUCGUCCUACGGCGAGGCUUCUAUUAAGAGGCUGAGGGCUGCUUCCAUUAAGUACGAUCCCACUGGUGUUUUCCAAACCCUGCGGCACUCGGGCUUCAAAAUUCCCUUCUAG